GACAGCUACACGAUCGCCUGGAUUUGCGCCCUCCCCAUCGAAAUGGCCGCCGCCAACGCCAUGCUCGACAGAAUCCAUCAAAAGCUGCCUUUAGAUGCAAAAGACUCCAAUUCCUACAUCUUAGGCAACAUUGGACCACACAACAUUGUUGUCGCAUGCCUCCCCGCAAACCGCUAUGGUACAAACCCUGCUGCAGUUGUGGCUACCAACCUGGCUCGCACCUUUCCCUCCAUCAAGGUCGGGCUGAUGGUAGGAAUCGGUGGCGGAGUCCCCGGCAAGGUUGAUAUACGCCUUGGUGAUAUUGUCGUCGGCAAUAGUGUAGUGCAACAUGAUCUUGGUAAAGUCGUCCAAGGUUCCCGGGUCCAUCCAACAGGAGUGCCAAAAUAUCCUCCAACCAGACUCUCGACGGCUGUAUCGAGGUUGCAAACAAAUCACGAAUAUACCUUCAGCAGAGUGCCGACUAUCCUUAAAGAAAUGCUCAUAAAGCAUCCGAAAAUGAUCGAAUACAUCCAUCCGAGCUCAUCGCAAGACAAGCUCUUUCGCGCUACCUACUCUCAUAACCCAGAAAUUGUUAGCUGCGACAGCUGUGAUACGUCCAUGUUAGUUAGCCGCCAUCCUCGAGAGGACAGCAACCCUGUCAUUCAUUAUGGUAAUAUUGCUUCUGGGAACCAGGUGAUGAAAGACGCCAUCUGCCGAGAUGAGAUAGCUCGACACCAUGAUAUUAUAUGCUUCGAAAUGGAAGCAGCUGGAUUGGUUGAUACUUUGCCAUGUUUGGUGAUCCGAGGAAUCUGCGACUACUCAGAUUCACACAAGAAUAAGCAAUGGCAACGAUAUGCAGCAGCGACCGCGGCGGCUUAUGCAAGAGAAUUGCUG